ACACUGAAUUUAGAAUACAAGCUGUGCAGUUUGGAUAAGUAUUGAAUUGUGUUAAAAAAAAAAAAAAAAAACUUUUACAUUUUUAGUAAUUCUAAAUUAUAAUUGUUGCAAAUUACUAAACCUUUACCCAAAAAAAAUAAAAAAAAGUCUUUGGACACGUGCGUGAAACUAGUGUUAAUGAAAUUUAUAAAAACAAAAAACUAGUGUUAAUGAAAUUUAUAAAAACAAAACAAAACCUUGUAGUGGAACACAGCCAGGGAAGGACUUUUUAGGAGAAACCUGAAACCUCGUAAACUAUUAUAGAAACUGCCACACUUGGAGGCUAAACCAUUUUCACUACUUACACGUGUUGGGCCACAACCCUGCCAUGUGUCCACAACAUGCAAAUGGAACCAACACACUUAAUUAACAAGAUUUUGAGGAAAUGAACAGAGAGCCUUUCCCUUAGCAGAACCCAAAUCUAAUCUCUGAACACAGAUUUUGCAAGUGCCUUUUGGUGUAGGUAUGGCACAUGAAGAAAUGAUCAAAGAUAAUUCCAAACUUUCAAGCUAUGAUGCUUAUUUUGAGAAGAUCCAGUCAAGGAAGAAAUUACCACAAUCGAUGCAAGAGACUUUGACAGCUGCAUUUGCAAAUAUUCCAGUUUCAUCAUUCCCAGAAGUUCCUGGUGGCAAAGUGAUAGAAAUAUUAGCAGACACUUCCGUUGCUGAUGCUUUAAAGAUUUUAUCUGAAUGCAACAUUCUGUCUGCUCCUGUGAGAAACCCAGAUACAGAAAAUUCUUCAGAUUGGAGAGACAGGUACCUAGGAAUCAUAGAUUACUCAGCUAUCGUUCUGUGGGUGCUGGAGAGUGCAGAACUUGCCGCUGUUGCUCUAUCAGCUAGUACAGCAACAGCUGCUGGAGUUGGUGCAGGAGCAGUUGGCGCUCUUGGAGCACUAGCAUUGGGUGCGACCGGGCCUGUUGCUGUUGCAGGGCUAGCAGCUGCUGCAGUUGGUGCUGCUGUGGCUGGUGGUGUGGCUGUAGAUAAAGGGAUGGGAAAAGAUGGUGCCACAGCUGCUGAUAAAUUGGGCAAGGAUUUUUACAAAGUUAUACUGGAAGAUGAACCCUUCAAAUCAACCACAGUGAGGUCGAUACUCAAGUCCUACCGUUGGGCUCCUUUCCUCCCAGUUUCAAUAGAGUGUUCUAUGUUGAGUGUCUUACUGCUACUUUCAAAAUAUAGGCUAAGGAAUGUACCUGUAAUUGAAGAAGGCAAGCCUGACAUUAAGAACUACAUUACUCAAUCUGCCGUUGUUCAGGGUCUUGAUAGAUGUAAUGGAAGGGACUGGUUUGACCUCAUUGCUAUGCAGCCUAUUUCUGAAUUAGGGCUUCCUUUCAUGUCCCCUGCUGAGGUAAUUAGCAUCCAGGGCGAUGAGUUGAUUCUGGAGGCUUUCAAGCGAAUGAGAGAUAACCAAAUUGGUGGUCUUCCAGUUGUAGACGCACCAAAGAAGAAGAUUGUUGGGAACGUUAGCAUAAAGGACAUCAGAUACUUGCUACUGAAACCUGAGCUUUUCUCCAAUUUUAGGAAGCUGACUGUGAUGGAUUUCAUGCAAACCAUUGCCUCCCAAGAGACUGGAAAAGUCAUCCCACCAAUUACAUGCAAACUUGAUUCAACUCUUGCCAGUGUGAUCCAGAGUCUUGCUUUGAAGUCAGUUCACAGGAUUUAUGUGGUAGCUGGGGAGGACGAUGAAGUUAUUGGCAUCAUUACGCUUAGAGAUGUGAUUUCUUGCUUCAUUUAUGAGCCGCCUAACCAUUUUGAUAACCACCUCGGGUUUGCAGUGAAGGAAAUAUUGAAUCAGUGAUGCUUCAGGUCUCGAAAUCCUUCAAAUGUAUGUAAGAACAGAUAUGUAAUGAAAUCCGGUUUUGGGCGGGAGAACAAUUUAAGUGCAGAUAUGUAACAAAAUCCGGUUUUUGGCCGGAGAACAAUUUACUGUCUGUUCAAUCAGUACUGAAUAUGUACUUUCACAUUUCUCCUAUUAAGCUAGAGCCAGGGAGCUUUCUUAA